AGAGAGGGGGAGAGAAAGAGAGUAAGCUCUUGCACUCGCACAUGCUCGUUGGAGGGUGCGAGAGAGGAGCCCGGGUCCCUUUUGAAAAACGAUCGUCGCAUCGCGACUUCGGAGCAAGCACGUAGUUUAUCGUAAAUCUACAAUAGAUUCGCGUCCGAUACGGUGCGAAAUAACUAACUAAAUCGUCGAUCGUGCAUCGAGAGGGGACCACGUCGCCGCAUCGAGCCGUCAGGGUCGUCCGCCGUCGACGACCGUGCUGGAUAGGGUACGGAAGAAGAGUGCCGACAUGUCGGCGUUGAACGCCGCGCUUUGUAGACGCGGGAUAAUCCUCUGGCUGGCCGCCGUCCUACUGCUGGCGUCACGAUCCACGCAUUCUGCGCCGGUAUACGACCAGGAUACCACACAGAUUGCAGAGUACGAUGGAGCUAUCACUGGAUGUUACUUCAACUUUCAACGGUAUCAGGAAGGUGAUAGGAUCAUGACAAGCGAACCAUGUCUGAACUGCACGUGUCAUAAUCGAAUGCUGAUGUGCUACUUGAAAGUUUGUCCCUUCACGAAAGCGAUCGGUCAGGAUUGCACGGUGGAAAAACGUCCGGACCAAUGUUGUCCCGUGAUCACCUGUCCGGAAGUACCGGUUCAGCUGUUGACGUCGACGACGAGCGCACCGACGAUCUCGGAUUCCACAGAGGUCGGUUUCCAUGAUAAUCAUGGCUGCCACGUUGACCAGAGAUUUUACGCAGACGGCGCUAUGCUGCCGCUGGAUCAUCACAAUCCUUGUGAGCUUUGUUACUGCAUCAGAAAUAGAACCACUUGCGUCAUGCAAGAGUGUACUUUACGAGUGGCUGGAUGUAAACCGGUCUAUCAACCGGGUGUAUGUUGUCCGAUCAAGUACAAUUGUGAAUACGAUGAGGAAUCUAGCACCACGGUUGAAACAACUCCCGGACUCAUUAUGACUACAACACUGCCUCCUGGUGUGUUACCUCAAUGUUAUUACGAGGGUAAAGUCUACGAAGAUGGUGAACUGAUUUACUCGACUCAGCCUUGCCAGCAUUGUUAUUGCUUCCGAGGCGAGAUCGCUUGCGCAGUGCAAGAUUGCGGAACGCCGAUGCAAGAGCAUGGAAAGAAUUGCACGGCCUUACCGCCACCGGAAGGAGAAUGCUGUCCGACCACAUACCAAUGUAGUACCAAGGAUGGAAUCACCACAAUACCAGUUCAAGAUGAAGGACAGCUUUUAGAUCAAAUAACCGAAUCGCCCAUUUUGAUUGACCAGGAAGAUCAGCAAGUAAAACAUGAAUAUCCUCAAACGUUCGAAGGUAUCGAUAACAUUAUACCGCAGACUCAAGAGGGAGAAAAAGAAGAAGGAGUUAUUGAACACAUUACUCAGGGAUACAUUCCAUCUAAAGAACAACCUGAAGAAAAGUCUACAACACUUUUGGUAGAGGAGAUGGAAACUACUACUGUUGAGAAAGAAUUCACUCCUUCUCACGAACAUAUUACCGAAACAUCUCCUGCUGAAGUAACAUCAGAAAAGACAGAAAUUGAAAUGCCCUCUGAAACAGAAGCAGCAAAGACGGAAACACCUGUGACAGUACAAAAAACUGAAGAAGAUUUGGUUAUUAAAACAUCUAUGACUGAAUUACCAGAAGUUUCGUCUAUUGCAGAAGGCGUGCAACCGGAAGAGGAAGUGAAAACAACAGAACAUAUACCUGAAGAACACGUUAGUACGUUAGAAGAAAGUGAAAAGGAAAUUGAAAAAGAAUAUAGCACUCCUAUUUCUAUUGAAAAAGGACAAUCAACUGAGCCUUCUGUUAGUGAAACAACGCAGACCGAAGGUAUUGUAAAAGAAGAAGAGACUACUAAUCUGCCUGAAGGAUUACCAACGCAAACUCCAGAGAUAACUGAAGUAGAAGAGACAACGGAAGAAGAACAAAUUACCGUAACAAAAGCGUCGGAGAUACCAGAGAUUUUAACUGAAAUUGUUCAGCAAACGUCACCAGCUGAAGAGUCUAGUAUUAGCACUGUUCCUGAAUCUGUCACCGAACAACCAAAGGAAGGCGAAGGUAAACUAGAAACUACACUAGGUAAUGUUCUAGAAAUGGAAACAGAAUUACCAAAGAAAGAAGAAACUGUGACUGUUGCUCAUGAAAUAUCUAGCACUGAACAAAUUGUCACUGAGAAAGAAGAAAUAUCGCAUCCAACGGAAAUCAUUCUUACAAAAGAUCAAACGACUGAAAUAAGUGGUCCUCCUGAGGAACAAUCUGUUGAAAUAGAACAGAAGCCAGUGACAGAAAAGGGUGAAAUAGAACAACAGCCGGAAGAGUCAACAUCUGAGCAUGCAAUAAUUGAAACAGGACAAGUCACACUCGGUGCUAAGAAAGAAGAUGCUGGCCUAACUGAAAGUCCAGCAAUGAGUGAGGAACCUAUCACUACGAAGAAAGAACAUGUGAAAGAAGAAUCAACACCAGAAAUUUUAAUUCAAGGCCCAACUGACAUACCAAUUUCCGAUCGAAGCCCAGAACAAAAAGCGGAAGAUAAAGACAUAUAUCAUGUGACAGAAGAUUACCAUGGUGUUACGCAUCCAAUAGUUAGUCCUGAUAAUCUUAUAACUGAACCUCCACAAAAAGUACCAACAACGUACCUUCCAGAGGAACAUGAGACCACGUUAACUUUAUCCGAAGAAACUGCAAAACCAAUUGUGACACAAGUCACUGAAGUGUUAACAGAAGAAACCACAAAGUCAAUUCUAGAAGAAGUUACAGAAAUUAACUUACCAACUCAACGUAAACCUGAAAUAACUAUGAGCACUGAAGAAAUAAAAACGGAAAGCACGUCUGUUGUUACCGAAGUUCAGAUUAGUACGGAAUCUCCUGCAACUACUAUUGCUUACGAAGAGGUAUCCAAAGAAGAAGCACCUGAAAAAACUGAGAAAUCUAGUAUAUCAGAAGAAACAGAAACCAAAGUAUCAUUAACAGAAAUUCCGUCAACAGAAAAGACUCCCGAGAAAAUGACUACAGAAGGAUUUGAAAUUGAGAGAUCUAGUGAAAGUUCUACUGAGAAAAUAAGCGGCGAAAAAGGAGAAAAAGAGAUGCAACCAAAGAAAGAGCAAUCAAGUGAAGAAGAAAUAGAAACACAACCUCCAAUUGUAAUGGAAUCAGAAACUCCUGAAACGUUCUCAUCUAUUCCAGCGGAACAUACGACAGUGCCUUCAGGUCUUGAAAUAGAAACACAACCUCCAAUUGUAAUGGAAUCAGAAACUCCUGAAACGUUCUCAUCUAUUCCAGCGGAACAUACGACAGUGCCUUCAGGUCUUGAAAUAGAAACACAACCUCCAAUUGUAAUGGAAUCAGAAACUCCUGAAACGUUCUCAUCUAUUCCAGCGGAACAUACGACAGUGCCUUCAGGUCUUGAAGAAGAGCAUACAACGGAAGGUGAACGUGUUACUACAGUAAUUUCUUCUACUGAACAAUCAACGCAAGUCGAAGAAGAAAAAACUGAAAUUGUUCUUGUUGAAGGAGAAACUGUUCCAGUUACUAGUGAAAAAUCAAUUGAAGAACAAGCUACAGAACAACCUACUGUAAUACCAGGCAUAACUAGUGAAGAGGCAGAAUUACAAACCGAAGAACCUGUCUCGAAACAAACAACGGAAGCAAUACAGAUAACAGAAGUUGAAGAGAAACUUACCACGCUAAUACCUGUUGUCGAAGAAAAAGUAACUAAGGAACCUGAACAAUAUUCUACACAAACAGUUUCGGAAGAAACUGCCACUACAGAAAGUCAUAUUUUAGAAGAAAAAGAAGAUACGAAAGCUGCAUCAACAGAAAGUGUGGAACAACAAACUGAAAUAAUGGCAACAGAAAAAGAAUCAUCUGAAGAAACUGUAGAAUCAAAACCAACGGAAAUUACUGGUGUUGAACAAACCGAAUUACCUAUUGAACAUCCUAUCGAAGCAGACAAAGUUGAAGAAGUAGGUGAAGAAAAAGUUUCUGUGCCUGUAUCUAUGGAGGAAAUACAAACAGAAAUUUCUGUAAUUGAAACCACUAAGGUUACGACCAUAGAAGAGGAAACUGAGAAGCCAACUCAGCCUUCUGUUAGCGAAGAACAUAUACCAAGUCAGCCUUCUAUUCCUUCAGAUCGCAAGGAAGAUCAAGGAUCUAUUGAACCAGAACUAAGCGAGGAACAAAUGACUCAGAAACCAUCUCUUGAAGAAGUAACCAAGAUACAUGAAGAACCACAGAAACCAACAAUUUCUUCUGAGGAAGAAACAUCUCAUAUUCCAUUUUCUGAAGAAGCUGUUACCGAAUCUGUUGCACCAGAAGAAAAACCGGUCGAAGCUGGCACGAUAAAACCUAUUGAUGAAGCAGUUACGCAAUCAGAACAACCUGAAAUAACAAGUCAACAACCGGAAAGUAUAACGGAACCAUCCAAAGAGGAGGAACAGACUCAAGGACCAAUCACUAAAGAACAACCUGCAAUACAUGAAAGGAAAGAAACUGAAACAUCGAGUCCUGUAGAGCCUUUUACAACGUCAAUUCCUGAAAAACCAGUUGAAGAAGACAUUGGUAUUAGCGAGACAACUGAAAUCAUAGAAAGGGAAGAUACAACGACACCAGUAUUUGAAAUCUCAACCGAGUUGCCUGGACUUGUUGAAGAAUCUACAAAGCACGAGGAAGUUCUUACUGAAAAAGAAAUUAUAUCUUCAACUGAGUCUGUAUCUUCGAUAGAAGAGCAAACACAAACACACGAGCAAGCUACACAACCACCGAACAAAAGGAAACCAAUUGAUGAAGAAGUAGAAGCGGAAGGCCCAGUUGCCACUGGCAUCUAUCCAAUAUCCACGGAAGAAGGUAUAAUUUCUGAAACAACUAAAAUACCAAUUAUUGAAGAACAACCACAGAAACCUGAAGAAGAAGAAAUUGCUAAAGAAAUAACCACGGAGACGCCAAUAUAUGAAGAGAAAGAGGAACAUUCAACAGUUGUUCCACAAGAAAUACCUGAAGAAAAAAUUACUACUGAAGUAUCACAAAAAGAAGUGCCUCAAUACUCAACCGAAACAAGUAUUCCUGAAAUGACUUCUCCAGAGGAAGAGGGUACGUCGACAAUUGCACCUCGUCCGUCAGGUAUUCCAGGAGAAGGUAACUGUCUUGUGGAAGGACAAUCAUAUAGUAACAAUUCAGCCGUUCCGCCGGCAAAUGUUUGUCAAACCAGUUGUCGUUGCAUUAGCAGUAUCGUACAAUGCGAACUCGUACAAUGUCCUGCGCCGCCACCACACUUAUCGAAUUGCAUGCCGGUUUACACGAGCGGAGAAUCUUGCUGUCCAAUGUACGCCUGUGAUUCGACACCGCCUAGUAAACCGGAAUCUGACAGUCAUUUAAUACCGCAUAUUCCCGAAGAAGAUCAGAAGACUGUUCCACCAACGGAGAUGUCAACUGAAACAGCAAAAGAAUUCAGUACGGUAGCUGAAAUUAGUGAAAUUAGUACGUCAGAAUCGCAGCCUGCGGAAACCACUGUUUCUUCCAUUGAAGAAGAGAUAGCAACUGAGAAACAGCAGACUACUCUUGAACCUGUUAAAACAACUUACGAACAGCCAACUACAGUUGAGCAACCUAUUGAACAACGUCCUGAGGAACAUACCAUUCCUCCAGUGCCUGAGACAUCACAAGAAUUUGCAAGUCAAAUACCCGAAGAAGAACAUUCUAUACCAUCAAUUGUGCCAGGAGAAACUACCGAAAGCAAGGUUGAAGAAGGGGAAACUAUAACAGAAUCAACAACUUUGAGCGAACAACCGCAAGAGGAGACUGUGGAGAAACAAACUCCUGUUAGCGCUGAGAUAAUUACUUCUACGUAUGCAUCGGAAGAACAGAAACCUUCCAGCACUGAAGAGGGAAUUACGAUUUCUACUGUGACAGAAGAAAAAACGACUUCUGUUCCUGUUGAAAUAGAAAAAGCUUCAACAAUUACUGAGAUAGCAGGAGAAAUCACGACCAUAGCUACUGUUAUGGAAGAAGAAACUACUACAUCGGUCAAAGAAUCGGAAACAUCUACUAAAACAGAAAAUAUCAUAGAGCAAUCGACGCCUGAAUCAAUUGAAGAAAUCACAAAAGAGCAACCGGAAAAAGAAAAAGAAAAAGUUACGCCACAGAUAACCUCUGAGGAACCAGUUACUGUUGAGGAACAUGAAAUAUCUACAAAAUCAGAAGAAGUUGUAACGGAAAAAUUAGAAAUCCCAGAGGAAGAAAAAAUUGUAAAAACAACUGAAUAUGAGAGUACUUCUAUUCCUGAAAUUCAAUCGACAACAGAAUCUAAACUCGAGAUUGAAGCUGAAUAUGAAAAGAAAAAAGAGCAAGAGACAACCACAUUAAUUGAAGUUACUCAAACUGAGGAACCACAAAGCCAAACAGAAUUACCCAGCAUCGUUCCAAGCAAAGGAGAGACAGAAUUACCUGGCAUUGUUCCAAGCGAAGAAGAAACGCAGCAGCCGACUCUACCUAAUGUAGAAUUGACAACUUUGGUACAUGAUCAUACGGUGACUGAAAAAGCAUCGACAGAGGAACAUAUGACUGUAAAAUCUAUAGAAGUGUCCACGGAAGAGAGCACGAAGGCGGAACCAGAAAUUUCAACACAAGCUCCUACAGUGGAAGAAGAACACAUUCCUAUUGAAACAGAAAUACCUAGCAAAGAAAUUGUUAAAGAAUCUACUCCUGAAAUUUCUUACGAAGAAACAAGCGAAAGUGCAAUAGAAAAGGAAACUACAGAAUAUAUAGAACCGUCAGUUACAAAAAUUUCCAAAGAAAAACCAUCUGAAAUUGAAUUCCCAAGUAGCACAGAAGAACCAGAGAAAACUACUGAAGUUGGAAAAAUUACUGAAGCAGAACAUGCGAAAUCUACUGAAACCAGUAUUGCUUAUGAACCAGAAAGUACUCAACUACCAGUAGAAGAACAUUCGGAAACUACAUCUGAAUCUCAGACACCUGAAUCAACUACCGAAGAGAUAAUAGUUGAGAAAUCAACCAUAUCUGCACCUGUUGAAGAAGAAGCUGGCGAGCAAUUUACUACACCGAUCGUAAAAGAAAUUGAGCCAAGUUCAAGCGAAGCGGGAACUGAACAGCCUAUUACUCCUGAAGUGGAAUUCGUAACAUCAACUGUAAAAGAACACGUCACUACUUCGGUUGAAGAGCAAACUUCGAAAUUCGAAGAGCAUUCUACUGAAGAAGCUGUUAUCACUACUACUUUCAAUGAAGAAGAAAUAAUAGAAGGGAUUGCGACAGAAAGGACCACGCCAAUAACGAGUACAGAGGAACAGGUAACUGAGAAGACUAUAGAAAGUGCCAAACCAGAAACGGAAUCACCUGAAGUAGUAAAAGAAUCUACUAUUAUUCCUGAAAUUUACAAAGAAGUUGAAAAACAGAAACCCGAAGAAAUAACAGAAGAACCAAGUAAAGAGAUAUCAGUCACGGGUGCAGAAGUAACGGAAAUAGGUGAGAAAGAAACGACAGAAGAAGUUACUAAAGAAGAAGUUGUGACAUCUGCUAUUACUACAGAGGAGCAUCCUUCUGUGGAAGAUACCGAAUACAAGGAAAUUGAACCAAUUGUAAAAGUUCAUGGACCAAUGGAAUUUGAAACAACAAUUAUUCCGAGAGAACAAAAGCCGGAAGAAGAAGGUCAAGUUACUGAAGCUACUUUACCGGAACAUCCAGUAAGCGAAGAAGCGACAACUGUGACAAGCUUGGCACCCGAAGAACAUUCGACUAUAUCAAUUGAAACUGAAGAAACUCAUAAACCUGAAUAUCAAACAACAUUAUCUAGUGUAGAAGAAGAAGUAUCGAAGCCAGCGACUGAGGCCAGCGAGGUAAAAAAACUUCCAUCUGAAGUAGAAGUAGCUACAACUGAAAGUACGGAGAAAUUAGAUGAAUCCGUAACGAAAAUUGAAGUAAGUUCAACCGAAAAGCCAGAAGAACUUCCAUCUGAAACAGAAAAGUCGACUGAAUCAAAACAAGAGACAGAGUCACCCGAGCAACCAAGUGAAACUACCACGAAAAUAAUUGAAAGUAUUGAAGAAGUGACUGAAGAGAAAUUACCGGAAGAAGUAGUUUCAGUCAAAGUGAUAGAAGUUGAAGAAAAACCGACUGAAGCAGAAGAGGAAGUACAUCCUACUGAAACCGUUCUUUCAGUUGAGACUACUUCCAUUUAUGAGGAAGAACAACCAGCAACGAAAUUACAGCCUACUGAAGGACCUCCUCCUUCUAAAGAAGAAGAAACUUCUGCAGGAGAAAUUCAGCCUAGCCAACCUGAAGGCGAGGAAGUUCACCCAACUGUACCCGAGGAGAUUUAUACAACUGUAUCCGAAGAAAUUCAUACAACUGUACCCGAGGAGGUUCAUACAAUUAUACCCGAAGAAAUUCAUCCAACUGUAUCCGAGGAAGUUCAGCCAACUGUACCUGAGGAGAUUCAGCCAACUGUACCCGAGGAGAUUCAGCCAACUAUAUCCGAAGAGGGUCAUCCGACUGUAGCUAUAGAAUCUCAAUUUACUACGGAACAUACGCUUGAAGAAGUUACAAAAACAGAGAAGCAUCCAGAGACGGAACAACCUGAAACUUCUUCAGAAGCUGUCGUACCCGCUGAGGGUCCAACUAAAGUUUCUGGUGUACCGAUUGAAUUACCUGAGGAGCAAAUUACGACUAGACCAGUAUUACCAGAAGAGCCUGAACCUCAGAUACCAGAAGAACCUGAACCUCAGAUACCAGAAAAGCUUGAACCCCAGAUACCGAUAAGACCGGAAGAUGAAUUGACGCUGACAACCAGCGGUGAACACUUACCGGUCAACCAUACUAUGGAAUCGACAGAACAACCUAGCUUACACAAGCAACGACCAGCAACAACUUUGCCUCCUCAUAUUCCGGAAUAUUCUGAUUCAGAUUAUUCUAUGCCAGAUGAAAACGGUCCUUAUUUCCCUGAGGAAACCGACGAGGAGUACGGACCGGGCACUUGUCGAUACGGCGGCAAGAUUUAUGUCUCGGCGCAACAAAUACCCAGGGACGACCCGUGCGACUUCUGCUUCUGCUUCAGAAGUGACAUUAUCUGUCUCCAACAAAGCUGUCCGCCGCCUAUUCCGGGCUGCCACGAAGAACCGAUCAGCGGUUUCUGCUGCCCCAGAUAUGAGUGUCCUGUAUCGAUGGCCACGGCUCUUAAUUUGACCACUACUACUACCACAACCACAACCACAUUACCGCCACAUUUCCAUGCUCAUGCGUAUAAGGGCGCUGCGAGACGAAGCGGCUGCCAAAUCCGUGGCCAGGCCUAUCGAGUUGGAGAAGUCAUUCAGCCAACAUCUGGACCUUGUCUCCAUUGCAUUUGCGGAGGCGAUGGUAACAUGAAAUGCGAACCGCGAGUAUGUUCUCCGGAACCGACGCUGAGGCAAAUGAUAGCUGCUACUAUAGAAUCCAAGAGGAGGAGAUGAGCCGCUCCAAGCUGGAUCGUGGGAUUCAUCUCUACAAAGAAGCAUAUACGAAAGCGAGGAAAUCGACAGCAGUAAACGAGAAUUCAGUGUUGUAUAAAAGUGAAUUAAAAUUAUUCUAAACUAUCUAAACGUCGCGCGGAACACAGACAGUAGUGUGCUUCGUCGAUUACGAACUGAGUGGCCAAAACGUAAACGUUUAUAUUAAUAAUAUUAUAUUAUAUUAUAUAAAUAAAAAGAGAAAAAACAACGGGGU